UGCUCAUUAUCAUGUUGAUUCUGACUCGUCGUCGGGUCGGCGUGAGUUCAUGUUCGAUCCUGCACCCGAGCGACUGCCACGGUUGAUCUGUCAGGUAGUCUAUUCUUGAUGAGAGAUGGCGGUCAUGGCUGGAGCCCCUUAGACUACCGGGGUGACCUCCCCAGUAGAACGGGGUGUCCCGGUGCCAUGAAACCACAGCCAGGGUGUCGAGUCAGUACCCACGCAUUUCGCCCAGGACGCUGAAGCGUUGCGCCAGCGUUUGCUGGGAGAGGUGAGACGACAGGGUAAGCAAGCCCACAGUAUUGGAGGGUAGAACUUUCCUUAUUUGUAGCGGUUGCUUUGGGACCAAAAGGUAGUUUCCUGGAGUCUGGGUGGCUGGCAGGUUUUGGGUGGGCUCCUGUAGGUGAAAUUCUGCAUACAUACGUUUCAUGGACUGCUAGGGACUCUCGCAAGUGCUACACCAUGAAAGUUGGAGUGGCCGAGUGGCCCAGAAGUACUGCAUUGUUCCACAGAGCGGGCCGCGCCACAUGAUCGACUUGAUAUAUCUGUCACAUACACGGCACCGGCUCUGUCAGUGUCUCAGUGUUUGAUAUUGGACGGGGAGAAGAGUGUCCCCAACCCUUCUCUUUUUGCUGGAGCUGCUGCCGGGUUUGAAUGGACAGGAUGAACCAGUUGAAUGCAAUGGAUCUUCUGGAACACCAGUUUUUGGACAAUCACAGUAGUAAUAUGAUAGCAAAUUGUAGCAAUCUAAUCUCACAUUUAAAUUGUCCUAAGGAUGUGAUGUUCAUAUAGCUGACAGGAAAGAACAUUGACCAGAAAACGCCAAGAGAACCUUGAAACCCCAUUCCCCCCCAUUCCACUCCGGAAUGCCAUGCUUCUGCCCACUUGCCUCGGUUUUUCAGGCCAGCAACGAGUUGCAGGAUCUUCGAAGCGAGUUCAGUCAGCAGAAGGAGGUCUUAAGCGAGAUGCUCCGUGAGGCGAGCGCUGAGACCUCCCAGCUGAGGCAGAGCCUGGAGAUCUCUGAGAGCGAAGCGGCGAGCUCGCUGGAGGCCACCAGAGAAUCCUUGGCGGAGGCGCAGCAAUCACAAGGCCGCCUGCGCAGUGAGUUGCGCUCGCAGCAAGAGCGCAGCAAGCGAGCUGAGCGAGAACUGGAGCAGACGCAUGCAGAGUGUCAGGAGCUUCUCAGCAGCGCAUCAGUUCGGGACAGCCGAGUGGAGGUGGCGCAGGCACUUCUCGAGAGCAGAGUGCAGAACCUGCAGGAGCAGCUGGAAGGCCUUCGUGCAGAGGCAGAGGCUGCCCGGGCUGCCGAGGAGGAACAGCGCAACCAAGCGCAAGCGGCCGAGGCACGAUACCAAGAAUGUGAAGAACAGCUGAAGGCCAAGAGCCAGGAGCUGUGUGAGCAGAAGCAAGACUUCGAGCUCCAGCUGCACAACCUGCAGGAAGACUUGAAGAGCGCGCAAAAGUCGGGCUCCUUGGAGGCUGAGCAUCGCGAGAGCGUCUCGGCCGCUCAGCAGAAGAUGAAAGAGGCCCAGCAGGAGGUGCAGGUGGCUUUGGCGGAGCGUCAAGCUGCGGAAGAGCAGGCCCAAAAGGCCUUGCGACGCGCCGAAGCAGCUGAAGAAGAGCUGGCGAGGCUGAAAGCCGAUGCCCUCAAUUUCCAUGAGGCUGAGAAAGAGUUGAGAGAGAAGGCCCAAGAAGCGCAAAGCAGUUGUGACAGCCACAAGCAGUUGAUCCGAGCCCUUCAGCAGUCCAUGGCGGAGCAGAAACAGGAGGUUGAUCAAGAGCUGGAGUCACUACGCAAACAGCUUGCUGAGACUACGCCUGUGCGUACCUUGUCAGGCUCUUCCCGAACUCUCCUUCGUGAAGAGGCCGACCUCCCUGAAGACCAGGAUCCCGAGAUUAAAGAAGAGGAUGAAGAGGUCUCAAAGGCAUCGAAGGAGCCUGAGAAGAUGGAGCUGGAGGUAGAAGGCGAUGCAGAGGCCUCCAGCUUAUUGGACCAGCUGGACUCGCUGGCGUCAACGCCAGGUGUCCGUGCUAAGAACAGUGCUGUCCCCGAGGCGGCAGGACACGAGGAGGUUGCACAGCUUUGGGACCGGAUCAAUUAUUUGGAGAGACGCUGCAGGACGCUUCAAAAGAAGCUGGACGCCCGUCCCAUCAUCUACCAAGCACCCACAGGCUAUGGUCCUUUGAACUUAGAAGCCGGAGGAGAAGUCAUAGGCCGGGUGAGUUGGGAGCCAUGGCUCCAAGAGGUCACAGGCUCUGUAGCCAGACGUCUCCACUUACCACAGGGCUCCGAGCACAGAGUCGCCAGUGUGGCUGCGCCAUUGUGCCAAGCCAUCGAAGUGCCCUUGCGCAACUUCACGCAGAGGCUUCUAAGGAGAGACCGGUGGUUUUGGGUCUUCUAUGUUCAUUUGCUUUUGCUCUACGCCAUUGCGGCCUCCUGCAUUGCAAGAAGCUCCAAUCCUGUGAGCCCCGCCGAAUGUGUGGAUGCUCGACUCCAUCAACUUCAAGCCGCCAAAGCAGCGGCGAGUGGCCAUUCCCCGUGACCGAAGUUUGUUCCAACAGGUCCUCCGCCCGACCUUUUCCGCCGAAAUGAUGCGGGCUGUGGGGAGCGAGGAACAA